CCGAGUAGUCAACUCAUAGUUCUGUCGAUCGUCGGAAGUUCGAGACGCAAGUAGCUGUCGGAUCUGCGAGAUGUUGUCGCUCCAUUUCGCUCUAGUGGGUUGUCUGUUAAUCGCCCAGGGGCUCUGCCACACAUUGCCAGAGACUAAGGGAAGAACUACACGCGAUACAUCCAAUAUUCCCACACAUUUUUUUAAGCCCGUGGGCAGGAAGUCAAAUAAUGAACCGAUUUCCAAUAGAGCUUCGGAAAAUGGAAACGGGACCACCUAUGGAGGUGACGAUUCAGUUGAGUUUCUAGAGAAAUCUAGUGGAGAAGUUGAACCCGUGACCGGUGACGAUAAUGAAGAAGAUCAAUCAUGGCAAUAUGCAGCACCUACAUUUAAUACCAGGUUCCCUACGGUGACCCAGAGCGAUUCCUUCAAAACGCGCUUCGAUCCAGUUGCAAGGAACCCAUUUCGUGGAGAUAGCAACUUCAACAGUAGGCCCUUUCCGAGUUCACCAGAUUCCCGAUUGAGGAGUUCUGUGCCCUUUCCUGAACCACAGUUCAACAAUCCGAAUAGGCCUUCUUGGGUUCCCAGACCAGUACCUAUGCAACCGAGUAACUCCAUAAUACCAUUGAUUGCGGGUGGACCCAAUCUUUCAGUUGGUCCAAGUGGACCCAAUGGUUUUGGGAGCUCCUCAAACAACUUUUAUCGAUCUGAGUCCUAUAGCAUCACUUCCGAUGGCAGAGGACCUCCGCAGAUCGAGCGGGAUGUCUACGACUCCCGAGAUGGUUUCGGAUCCUCUUUCCGCAACUUUUAACCAAAGCUUUUCAUGAAAAGAGCCAUCUCUUAAAUUCGAAACGCAGUUGUAAAUAUAUAAAAGUGACUGGAUUUCCACUUUCCGCAUUUGGCUGUCUAGGUCCGGUUUGCAUUAUAACUAGUUGCGGCUCAUAUGAGAUUAUUGUAAUCAAUACUCACUCAAGUGUAGGUGUAAAUAUUAUUUGUAAUAACAGCUACUCGUUUAUGAUUUGAAAAUUAUUUAAUUUAUUGAAAUAAACGGGAAACUUUAAA